AUGACUUCGCAGAAGCCUCCAGUCAUUGAAGUCCCCUCAGACGGGGAGAGGGUCUCAUCAGGUGUGCACGACAUCGAUGCGAAGACACCCUCUUUCGAGAUUGACUCGCCCAAAGACGAGGUCAGCGACUUGGCCGAACCCCAAGAUACGACCAAAAACGUCGGCUUUUGGGAAGCACUCACCCGUCGCAAUGCGCCGCGAGAUCUCGAUGCUAUCGCAACAGAGCGAAGCGUGUUUGACGAUCCCAGCUUGGCGCCCUUCUACCAGCCCCCACCAGAGUACGAGAACGUCCAUCGCUUUGAUCCGAAGGAGCGAUGGACACAUCGCGAAGAACGUUCUGUCCGCCGAAAGACAGACUUCAAGAUCUUUGCCUGGAUUUUGGUCAUGUUUUUCGGUCUCAAUAUCGACAGAGGCAAUCUCGGCAAUGCUGCGGCAGAUAAUCUCCUCAAGGACCUGCAUAUCAACACCAACGACUACAAUAACGCCCAGAACAUGUAUCGCAUCGGAUUUCUGAUUGCCGAAGUUCCGUCUCAAAUGAUUGGAAAAAGGCUUGGACCUGAUCGAUGGAUCCCCGUCCAGAUUAUGCUCUGGAGUCUGGCGUCCGGGGGUCAGUUCUUCAUGCACAACCGGGCUGGCUUCUUCGCCUGCCGGUUCUUUAUCGGUCUCUUCAUGGGUGGCUUCAUUCCGGACUCCAUUCUGUACCUGUCUUACUUUUACAAGAAGACUGAGAUGCCCAUUCGCCUGGCCCUCUUCUGGUUCGUCGACUCCAUGUCCGGUGUCAUAGCAUCCUUCAUGGCCUAUGGAAUCCUGCACUUGCGCGGCGUUGCAGGAAAGGAAGGAUGGCGAUGGCUCUUCCUAAUCGAGGCUCUUGUUAGUUUCGUCAUCGGCGCUGCCAGCUUUCUCUUCCUAGUCCCCGGCCCGACGCAGACGAAAACGUGGUGGAACCCCAAAGGCUACUUCAACGAGCGCGAGGAGACGAUCAUCGUCAAUCGGGUUCUCCGUGACGACCCUUCUAAGAGCGACAUGCAUAAUCGAGAAUCGCUAUCUCUGGGCAUGCUCUGGAAGAGUCUGAAGGAUUACGACCUGUGGCCGGUGUACCUCAUUGGCAUCCUCUUUGAGAUUCCUACUGCGCCGCCAAAGACAUACCUCACGCUGUCUCUCAAGGCUCUCGGCUUCAGUACCUUCAACGUUACUCUGCUCGCAAUCCCUGUCACUGUCUUCGCAGCGGUAAACAUGUUGUGGGUUACGUUCCUUACUGAAAGGUUCCAUCAAAUCGCCAUCAUCGGCCUGCUCUCGCAGGUUUGGGUAUUGCCGCUGCUCAUCGUCGAAUACACUUCCAUCGAGAGCCUGUCGCCGUGGGCGCAGUAUGCCGUUACUUUCAUGAUUCUUGGCCAGCCGUCUACACACGCCGCGCACGUCGGAUGGUGUUCUAGACUUUCGAACGCCGUUAGGACCAGAGCUAUCAGUGCUGCGCUCUACAACAUCACCAUUCAGCUGUCCGGAAUCGCCUCGUCGAAUAUCUAUCGAGAGGAUGAUAAACCUCAUUACCACCGAGGUAAUAAGAACUUGAUCGCAAUCACUGUGGCAACGAUAUUUGCGUAUGCUUUUGCCAAGACAUACUACACUCUUCGCAACAAGUCCAAGAGGACGAAAUGGAACAGCAUGUCGGAAGAGGAGAAGACGGCGUACCUGGCUAAUACUAGCGACGAAGGAAACAAGCGUUUGGAUUUCUUCUUCGACAGCUAA